AUGUUUGCUCAUCAACCUCGUUUUAUAGCUGAUUUAUCCUUAUCAUCUUCAUCAAAUCCUCUUAAUGUUCCUCACUAUCAUCAUACUAUGCAACAAUUCGUUGAACAUGUAAAAAUUGCUGCUCGAAAAAAUAAUCUUCGACAUCAAAAAUCCUCCAAAGAACGUUAUGAUCGACACCGUUCGAAUACUCAAUACUCUGUUGGUCAAUCUGUUUUAAUUCGUAAUCGAAAUCCACAUAUUAAUAAGUUCUCUCCAAGAUUCAUUGGACUAUACAUCAUUAUCGAUAGAUUACAUGAUAAAACAUAUAUUGUACGAAAUGAUAAAUCCGGUCAUCAAGCACAAGUACCUCUACAUGACAUACGAUCCAUCAAUUAA